CUAGUGAACAAAAUUUAAACUACGUUUACGAAACAAGAGAACAGAAAGUGCAUCAUUGAUAAUAUUUGUAGCGAAUAUCUAUGUGAUGUGUUCGUUUUGAUAUUGGAGUGCUGGAGUAUCAUUGAUUUUUGAGUGCAAUUUUAUAUCUUAGUAACAAAAUGGAUGUUCAAAGAAAGCAGAUGAAAUAUCCAUAUACUUAUGCAGCUAAAAUAGCUCGAUUUCCAUACAAGUUUCACUGGGACAACUUUUGGCUGCCUAGAUUUCUAGUUGGAUCAGUAAUUUUAACUUUUCCAUUCUUCUUAUUUAUCCAUAGGAAAGUUAAUACACCCGAAAAUAAGGCUUUCUGGGCUGAAAAGCACAAGCAAGAACGACAGUAUCACUUCCAUUGAAUACAUAAGAGCAGUGAAAUGUUGUAGGAAGUUUUGGAUAUUUCUUGUGUAUUAGUCUGAAAAAAAAGAAAAAGAAUUCAAUAAAUAAUAUAUAUAAUCUGAA